UGACUUUUUUAAAUGAUAGUUCCAUGAAGCAUCGAUGGAGGAAGUAAACUCUGAUCCGAAGCAGCCCUUGCUACUCCCAAUCCCAAUCCCAAUCCCGCCAGGAAGUGUGAAGGAAGAGUUGAAGAAGCUAUGGCAAAUAGCAGCCCCCUCAAUCUUUUGCCGAUUGGCUAUGUUUUCUCUCACUAUCAUCACCCAAUCUCUCGCCGGCCACCUCGGCCAGAACCAGCUCGCCGCCAUCUCCAUUGUCACCACCGUCAUCAUCGCCAUCACCUUCGGCUUCUUGCUAGGAAUGGCUAGUGUGCUUGAGAUGCUGUGUGGACAAGCCUACGGAGGAAAGCAAUACCACCUGUUGGGCAUAUAUCUGCAACGCUCGUGGGUGGUGUUGUUUCUAAGCUCAAUAGCUCUUCUACCUCUCUUCAUUUUUCUCGAACCAAUGCUGAAGCUUGUGGGGCAGCCGGCGCCAUUAGCAGAGCUGGCGGGUCAGGUGGCGUUAUGGCUGAUCCCUAUGCACUUGAGCUUCGCGUUCCAGUUCACUCUGACAAGGUUCUUGCAGUGCCAGUUGAAGACGUGCGUUGUUGCUUGGGUCUGUGGUGCGGUGCUUGUUCUACACGUGGUAAUAAGUUGGAUUUUCGUUUAUAACAUGAGGGUUGGCAUUGUGGGGAUAGCCCUCACCCUCGAUUUCUCGUGGUGGAUGUCUGUUGUGGGGAUGUUCAUCUAUAGUGUCUGUGGUUGGUGUCCUACUUCUUGGACUGGCUUCUCGAGGGAGGCUUUCGAUGACCUCUGGGAUUUCUUUAAACUGUCUCUAGCUUCUGGUGUCAUGCUCGCGUUGGAGAAUUUUUACUUCAGGAUGCUUGUUCUCGUCUCGAGCAUCAAAGGGGCGGAGGUUGCUGUCGAUGCCUUGUCUAUAUGCAUGAGCUUCUACGGUUGGGAGUCCAUGAUUCCGAUGGGGCUAUAUGCAGCAACGGGGAUCCGUGUAGCGUGUGAAAUUGGAGCCGGGAAUGAAAACUCUGCAAAGCUUGCUGCUAAAGUUUCCGUCUUCAACUCUCUGUUGAUCGGUUUCCUGUUCUUUGUAAUAAUCAUCGCCUUCCCGGACAAGAUUGCAAUGAUCUUCAUAUCUAGCUCGUCUGUGAUCUCGAUGGUCGAGGAGCUAGCCUUGUUACUGGCAAUAACCAUUCUAUUCAACUGCAUUCAACCCAUUCUUUCAGGUGUAGCCGUUGGAUCCGGUUGGCAAGUGUGGGUUGCGUACAUUAACAUCGGGAGCUACUACAUCGUUGGGGUACCUCUCGGGAUCUUCUUGGGAUGGUAUCUUCAUUUUGGCUUAGAGGGCAUAUGGGCCGGGAUGAUCUGUGGGACGAUAGUCCAGACGCUGAUACUGUCCAUCGUCACGGUUAGGCACCCUUGGGGAAAGGCGGUGAAAGUCCAUAGUUGCAACUCCUCCGUCCACCACCGGACCUCAUGAAUGACUCCCGGUCCUAAAGAACGGAGAUUGGGUUUUCCGGGCACCCGGUGACAGAGUAUUACAACGAUAUAUUAUGUCAACUUUGGCUUUUUGUAACAGUGACACAGUGAUGAACUUUCUAUAUCAAGAUUUUUUUUCAUAA